AUGUUGUUAUUUUGUCCAGAGUGUGGUGGUUCUUUGCAGAUUGAGGAGAACAGAAACUGCAACCAAUUUACGUGCAACAACUGUCCGUAUGUGAAAAGUGUCACAAAGCUGUUGAGAAGCAGAUAUUAUCCUAAACUGAAGGACUUGGAUGAGAUCUUAGGUGGACCAGGGGCCUGGGAAAACGCACAAAUAACGGAUGAACGUUGUCCGAAAUGCGGCGGAGAUAGAGCAUAUUUCAUGCAGUUACAAACUCGGAGUGCUGACGAACCUAUGACAAUCUUUUAUCGUUGUGCGAAUUCGGACUGUGUGCAUCGCUGGAAAGAAUAA